ACAACACCACAUUCCAAAACACACUUAAAAAAACCUUCAAAGAACAAUGAAACACCACAGACUACUAAACCUCCUCCUGGCCUCUCUCCUAGCCUCCAUUAUCCAACCCUGCAUCGGCGGCGACGGCGACAACCUCUACGACGUCUGCCCAAGCGACGCCGCGAACCAAAAAAUGUUCUUCAAUGGCUACCCGUGCAAGGCGCCCUCGGACGUGGCAGCGUCGGACUUCAAGUCGUCCCUGCUGGGGUCGGCCGGGGACAUGGACAACUUCUACCGGUCGUCCGUGACCCUGGCGACAGCCGCAGAGUUCCCCGGGCUGAACACGCUGGGGCUGUCUGCGGCCAGGACGGACAUGGACGUGGACGGGAUGGUGUUGCCGCACGCCCACCCGCGCGCCUCGGAGAUGAUGUUCGUGAGGGCCGGGGUGGUGGCGGCCGGGUUCGUGGAUUCGACGAACCAGGUGUUUCAGAAGCGGCUGGGGGAGGGGGAGGUGUUCGUGUUUCCGAAAGGGCUGCUGCAUUUCUGCUUCAAUGCUGGGUUUGAGCCGGCCACGAUUUUCUCUGUGCUUAAUAGCCAGAAUCCCGGGAUCGCUAGCGUGUCGGGUGCCAUGUUUGGGGGGAAAGGGAUGAUGGAGAAGCUCAAGGCUGUUUCUAUGGAGGAUUUGAAUGGGGUUAGCAGCGUGGAGUUGUUCUGGGAGUAGUAGGGACUUUUUUAAGAUUUGGUUAACCUAUUUUACUUAAAGCUUUUAAUGCCAUCUUUUAUUUUUAUUUUUUUGCUAAUUCUCUUAAUUUUUCUAACAGUAUGGCCUAGUUGUGCCACAUAAAAGACGUGUUUAGAGAUGGAGAAAAUUGAAAGAUGGUAAAAGUCGUGUUGUGAGUGAAAAUUAGAGUAGAUAGUGUGCUUUGUGUGACUAUUUUAUUGAUCAUGCAUUAGGGAUGCUUUUGGUGUAUGUAUUGUACAUGAGUUGAUUUGGUUUUCGGACAAUAUUUUAAUGUAAUUAAACGCUUGUAUUUAUUUGAAGUUUGUGAUCUUGGAAUGAAUAAUUUGUACUA